GCGCAGGCGCAGGAAGGUCCGGGAGCGCGGGAUCGCGAGGCUGCCGUUGGAGCCCUGAGCUGCCUGCGGAGCCUGAGGGCCGGCUAGGUCCCCGGCCCCUUGAUCUUUCCAGGAUGACGGCUCGGUGGGGUCUGGGGACCUGGCCCUGAGGGCGCGGCUAGCAGAGACCCGCCCCUAGAGCCGGGCCUGGGCACUGGCGGGAGGACCCAGUCUGGACAACUGCUCCGGAGCAGGGUGACCUGCCUGCCGGCGCUGGGACCCCCGCCUUAGCCAGGGCCUGGGCCAGGGAGGGCGAAAGGACCGUGAGCAAGUAAAAUGAGGGAAGUUUGCUAAUAGAGAUAUCACCAGAAACUAGAGACAUAAUCAUCUAGAGGAAAUGCUGGUAGCAUGGCUGUAUGUGCAUGUUGUACAAAAGUCUCUGAAGCAGAUUCUCUUGUUUUAGCGGCUAUCCAGAUUAUGAUUGGCAUCUUUUGUGUUUUCAUGUGGUAUCUCCUAUUGAUUUUGUAUAUGGGACAAAUUAAAGGAGUCUUUGGGACAUAUGAACCUAUAACUUACAAAACAGGAUGUUCUUUAUGGGGAAUUGUUUUUAUCAUUUCAGGAAUCACCAUAAUAAGAGUAACAAGGCAUCCAUCUCAACGCCAGCUUACCUGUGCUAUGCUUAUGAAUAUCUUAUGCAUAAUUGUCGCCAUUAUUUCAACGAUUCUAACAGUAGUUGAGUUGUCUUCUUUUGAGUCUGUGUCAUACAGGAAUUAUGGACAAGCGAAACUUGGGAGAGAGAUUUCACGUGUUUUACUGAGCUUCUACACAUUGGAAUUGUGUAUUGCAUUCACAUACACAAUCUUCGGCUGUGUUGGUUUGUGUCGCAAAAAUGAAGAUGAUCAUACGGCUGUCACAGAGGAAGUUGAGGAUGCUUUAUAGAAACCUUAGAAAUGUGAGAAUUCUCCUGAUGCUCUUACCUGACGUGGGCCCUAAUGAUAUAUCUGUGUGACAAAGCUGCUGCAAAGUCCACAGGUUUUGUGCAAAAGAAAAUAUGAAACAAGCUGAAUUUUCCUUUUCAGUAUUCAAGAAAAUUCUUUGCACAUAUUUUUGUAGGCUCCAAUUGGAAAGCUUUUCCCCCAGUUAAAUAUAAUAUUAUGACAAGGAAAAAAUUAUUUUCUAGGUACACUGAAUAGCUGUCAACUCUUCCUAACGGAGCUUUUGUAAGAAACCGUUAAAAAGAUUUGCGAUUGUCUCUAGAGUACAAGCUACACAGACUUGGAGCAUGAUAUUGUAUAACUCUCAGGAAAAUUUUAAAUAACUUAAGAUUCUGAUUCUAUGAGUGAAGGGUACAUUUCAGUCUGAAUUCUUCUACCCGAGCUAGCUGCCUGAACAAAGUACAAAUCAAAAGGCAUCCAAUUCAGUCCCUUCACUGACGGCUCCUCUCCUCAUUAAAAUUCCUUUCUGCCCUAAAA